AUGAGUUCUUCCAUUGACAAACACCACCUCCAACAGUACACGUCUUACGCCGCCCAAGCCGGAGACUGGGGUCACUGGGUCGUCCGCGAACUUGGCUCUGGUCGGUAUCCCAACUGCAAAGCAGUGCACACGAACAUGUGUCCUGGCGCACCUCCAGAAGGCACUAGCCUAACGGAGAAAGAAAAGAAGGGGAUAGCGAGAGCGGAAUGGUUUCUAGGGAAGCCGCUAAAUGAGACGCAUAUGGGGUAUGCGAUUGAGAUGAGAACACGACCGCAGACUAUUGGCGUGGCCUUCAACGAUAAUCCUGUCGGAAUCAUGAUGUUCUUUGGUGAAAAAUACAAUGAACUUGCUGAUCCAAGUUUAGGCACAGCGACACUCGUUAACGAGCAGUGGCUACAUGAUCUUUGCACGACGCUUUCGCUGUAUUUCUUCACGCCGCCAAGUGUCAUGACGAGUAUGUUAUCCUAUUACAACAAUGUGCGCCACGAAAUGUACACCAAAUUCGACGCCAAAGAAGAAAACCUGAUCCGCGUGCCUCUGGGCGUGAGCACGUUCCCCUACGAUGCUUUUCCUGCGCCUAAGAGUGGUGUCGAGACUACAUGUACGGAUCUGAAGUUUUUCAGAGAUCAUGACCAUGGAGGACAUUUUGCCUGCAUGGAGUGUCCGGAGGAGAUGGUGAGGGAUAUGAGAGAAUUUUUCGGAAAACGGUACAAGGUCUGA